AUGCAGACCAUACUUUUCCUGUUGGCCCUUCUCUUGCCUCCUGGAGCUGGAGCUGAGGAGAUUAUUGGUGGUGUGGAGUCAAGACCACACUCCCGCCCUUACCUGGCCCACCUGGAGAUCGUCAUUGACAGAGUUACCACUAGCAACUGUGGUGGGUUUCUCAUAAGUGAAGAAUUUGUAAUGACGGCUGCGCACUGUAAAGGCAGAGAAAUUAUUGUCACUCUUGGGGCUCAUGAUGUGAGCAAGACAGAACCCACACAGCAGAAGAUAAAAGUCGAAAAACAAAUCAUUCACCCACAUUACAAUGUCUACCCGCACCUGCAUGACAUCAUGUUGCUGAAGCUUCAAAGAAAAGCUAAGAUCACUCCUGCUGUAGCUAAAAUUCUCCUGCCUAGUCCACGCGACUCUAUUAAACCUGGACAUAUGUGCCUGGCAGCUGGAUGGGGCAAAACUGGAGUGAAUGAUCCAUUGUCAGUCAAACUGAGGGAGGUGACACUAAGAAUCAUGGAAAAAGAGGCUUGUAAGCACUACUCGAGUUAUAGAGAUGACGUCCAGGUCUGUGUGGGCCGUCCAGGAAACAUACAAUCAGUGUUUGAGGGAGACUCCGGGGGACCUCUAGUCUGUGCUGGGGUGGCCCAUGGUAUUGUAUCAUAUGGACGUAAUGAUGCAAAACCCCCUUCAGUCUUCACCAGAACCUCUGGAUAUGUGUCCUGGGUUAAUGCAGUCAUAAGGGAACAUAGCUGA